AAUUUAAGCGAAACAAUAUACUUUAGGUAUUCCAAUAGGAAUCACACAUCUUAUUUAUUAGUUUUUCAUUAAUAAGAGUCAAAAAAUAAAAGGAAUACAUUAAUUUGUUAAAUUGUUGAACCCUUCGUUAACAUUUUAAAAUUUAUGGUUUGCACUAUGACAAAUAAUUCGAGUGGAAUUGAAAGCUCAAAAAUGGAACAAUUUUUUUUAAUUUUAAAACAUGAAAUUACAAUAGACGAAGAAACUAGUUCUUGGCCAUUUAUGAAAACACCAUGGCCGAUAUUAAGUAUUUUAAUAGUCUAUUUAUUGUUUGUGCAAAUAAUUGGUCCGAAACUAAUGGAAAAACGUAAUGCAUUUAGUUUAAAAUACAUUUUGAUGGCCUACAAUCUAUCUCAGUUAUUGUUUAAUGGUUAUAUACUAUUUCGCUUUUUGAAACCUCAAGUAAUCAACAAAUUUAUAAAAUAUGGCUGCAGCGUUAAUGAGUCAGAAAUAUAUGAAAAACAUAAUAUACUUAGUUUGGCAAAUGAAAUUGUGUGGCUUUACUUCAUAAACAAAGUGUUAGAUUUAAUAGACACUGUUUUCUUUGUUUUAAAAAAAAAGCAAUCACAUGUAUCAUUUUUACAUGUUUACCAUCAUAUGAAUAUGGCUAUUACAUCGUGGGCUUAUUUAAAAAUGAUCAAAGAUUACCAUGCUGUUUUUCCCUUAGCUUUGAACUUAAUAGUUCAUAUUGUCAUGUACACUUACUACUUUUUAGCAUCUCUAGGACCACAAAUACAAAAAUAUUUGUGGUGGAAAAAACACUUGACAUUUUUUCAAAUAUUUUAGUUUAUUGAAUAAUGAGGAUGUGUUAAGCAUUGAUAAUGGUGUUCAAGUUCAAACGAACUAUGUGUUGCGCUUUAUGUGCGAAGCCGGCACUUAAACCUAGUCCAAGUCACGUGGCCAGACUACACUUGUUUCCUCUACCUUUUUCCUUUCCAUCAAAAAAUAUUAGAUUACUUUAAAAUAUUGUUAAUUAUGAGUAAAUGUGUUAUCGUUAAGAUUUAUGUAUGUGUAACUUUAUGUUAAGUAAUUUGAGCAGAUAUUUUUAAAUUAUAAAU